AGCCAUUGAAUUUCCUUGAUUUUGACACGUAUACAGUCCAAAUGUAGAGCAUGUCAUCCUGUUAUUUAUACAAGGUUGGAACUUGGAACAUGGUAGCUCUCGCCCUUUCUCUCUCCCUCUCCCUGUGCUCAAACAGCUAGAUCAUCAAACUGUAUCUAUAUCAAAGAAGCUGUCAAUAUAUAUUAUCCUCGUAAACAUGGAGAUCAGUGAGGUGGUUGGCAGAGUAGACUAUGGUGGGUCUCUGCCUGUUGAGAAUGUGCAAGCUCUUGCUUCCAACAACUUGGAGGAGAUCCCACCCAGGUACCUCUGGCCUGAGAUGGAGUUUGAGGAUCAGUACUGUUCAAUUGAAGAGAACCUCCAUAUUCCAGUUAUCGAUCUGGGCAAGCUUAUUGAUCCUCAAUUUACAAGUCCAGAAAAUGAACUGGAAAAACUUCACUUGGCUUGCCGGGACUGGGGCUUCUUUCAGGUGAUAAACCAUGGAGUACCAGAAGAGCUGAUUGAGCAAAUGAAGAUUGAUACAGAGGACUUCUUCAAGCUGCCAUUGGAGGAAAAGAAGGCCUAUGCUCAGCUACCAAACAACAUUGAAGGCUAUGGCCAAGCCUUUGUUGUGUCUGAAGAUCAAAAGCUUGACUGGGGUGACAUGCUCUUUAUUCUUCCCCAGCCUAUCCCCCAAAGGAAUUUGAGAUUCUGGCCUUCCAUUCCCACUUCUUUCAGAGCAACUUUGGACAAGUACUCAACAGAGCUGCAGAGAGUCACAAUCUGCCUCUUGAGAUUGAUGGCGCGAAACCUGGGGCUCGAACCCGUGAAGCUCACGAGCAUGUUUGAGGAGGGAGUUCAGGGGAUCAGAAUGAACUAUUAUCCACCUUGCAUGCAGUCUAACAAGGUUAUGGGGCUAGCACCCCACUCUGAUGCCACAGGAUUGACUCUGCUAAUUCAAGUGAAUGAUGUCCAAGGUCUGCAAAUCAAGAAAAAUGAUAAAUGGGUUCCCAUUGAACCCAUCCCUGGAGCCUUCAUAGUUAACAUUGGCGACAUCAUUGAGAUCGUGAGCAAUGGAGAAUAUAAGAGCAUAGAGCACAGAGCUGUUGUGAACCCAAGAAAGGAACGUCUUUCAAUUGCAGCAUUUCACAGUCCAAAUAUGAGGACAAUGAUUGGUCCAGUGCCCGAUAUUGUGAAGGAGAAUACAGCAAAUUACAAGACCAUAAACCAUGAAGAUUACAUAAGACUCAUUAUUGCCAGCAAACUUGAUGGCAAAACCCUUUUAGGCCAUAUGAAAUCUGAGCAUUGCAAGAUUGAUGAAUAG